CUUCCCAAGAUCGCUAAAACCGGUUGCACCAGCUGGCAAAUUUAAAAUAUAACAUAAGAAAAGCAAGAAACUGGAAGCACUGCUGUUGAUCAGAAAGGGCAGAACUAAUGGACUGUGUGGAUAUAGAUAUGUUUGAAGGUGUCUGUUCUUCCCACUACAAGUCGCAGGACACCUGAUUUCCAGGCUUGGAGGAAUGAAGGGAAUUUGGAGCUUGUGAAAGAAAUGUUGAAUCAUGAAUAAACUGGCAGACCAGCAGGACCACAUGAUACCAUGAAGAGAAGCUUACAGGUCCUCUAUUGCCAACUGUUUAGUGUUCUACUGAUCUUGGCACUGACAGAAGAGCUGGUGUUUUCUGUUCAGGUACUGUCUCCCGCUGUACCCUCCUCUCAGGGCUUCCUGAUGGACACUACCACUAUCACAGCCAUGGGGACAACGCCUCGGCACAAAGACCGUCGCACGACGCCGCCUGCUCCCGCAUCUGCUCGCACCGUUCCCCAUCCCCUUAGCCGGACGGAGAAAACGGCCCCGUCCGCUGGCCCAAAGCAAGCAAGCGGCCGUCGUGCUGGCGAAAGGGAAAGGUAUCAUUUAUACAACCAGAGUGCUUUGUACUCAGGACAGACUCGCCCCCAGGGGAAAAUGUUCCGGGAUUUCAAAGGGAACUUCUCAGAGCCUUCAGAGCCUUACCUAAAGACAGCCCUGCACUCCCCCUUCCCCGCCCUGAGCAGCCCUUUCACAGACCACCCGUUUCCCUCCCCGACUGCAACUUCCAGAGAUGCCACUGGCACGGGGCUGGCAAGAACUACGCACCCGGCCCCCUCUCCCCCCAGCAGCACCUCGGGAGGCCUUAGGAAAGCAGAGCACGGGGAUGGGACGGAGCCGGUUGUGCAGAAAGCCGAUUUUGCCACCACAACUGCUGGACCAUCGACUGAUCCUGAAGCAGUGUCGGUGCCUUUUAACCCCCCCCACUAUGAUAUAUGGGAUAUGCUGAGCAAAAACAACUCUUGGGUAACCUUGAACCUCAGUACAAACGUCCCGUUGUUUGCCGGCCCUGGAACUGCAACAGCAGCAGCAGGUCACACGGUUCAGACCAGUUUCGAUGUCAGCGUCUCCUCUCCGGCAGCGGGCAACCCCAGGGGAGCUGCCCCGACGCAGCACGGCGCGGUGACUAACGCCACCGUGUUCGGCAGUGCUCUCUCCACAGCGCCCGCCACCAGGCUGUCCAGCUCCGUUUCCACAGCUGGCUCCACUGCCACCGGCAACUUCCUAAACAGACUGGUUCCUGCCGGGACCUGGAAACCUGGGCUGCCGGGAAACAUCUCCCAUGUCACUGAGGGGGACAAGCCCCAGCACAGAGCAACCAUCUGCCUCAGCAAGAUGGACAUUGCCUGGAUCAUCCUGGCUAUCAGCGUACCUAUAUCCUCAUGUUCAGUUCUGCUGACAGUCUGCUGCAUGAGAAGGAAGAAAAAGACGUCUAACCCAGAAAACAAUUUGAGCUAUUGGAAUAAUGCUAUUACCAUGGACUACUUCAACAGGCAUGCUGUAGAGUUACCGAGAGAGAUCCAGUCCCUGGAGACUUCAGAGGACCACCUCUCUGAGCCACGCUCUCCAGCCAACGGUGAUUACCGAGACAGCGGUAUGGUCCUCGUAAACCCCUUCUGUCAAGAAACUCUAUUUGUAGGACAUGAGCAAGUGUCUGAAAUAUGACCCCAUAGCUGCCCUUGUAUUGCAGUUUCAUCUCGACUGUCUCCAAAUUAUAAAUAAAUAUAUAUAUUAUAAAUAUAACCUUUGUGUAACCCUGAAUUACAAGAAAUGUUUUCAGCUUUUUUUCCUCCCUGAGAAUUGUCAGCCUCUUUUUUAUAAGUGUGGUAAAACUUUACAGAACAAACUGUGGCUUUAUAAAAUAAAGGUAUUUCUAAGCAAAA